UUUCGAUGGUUUGACAGUCAAAUUUCAAACAAAAAUACGAAAAAAAAGCGAAAAGUUUGAAGUGGAAAGUGAAAAAACCAGAAAAAGCUUUUAAAACGUUUGUGAGAAGGACGCUUCCGAGCCAUAAAUCAGCGUAAAAAAUGAACAGAAGACGUCCAGGUCCGGGACUUAAAAUCCCUCUGCAACCAGAAAUUGCACAGCCAGUGACGCCUCCGCGGAAUCUCGACUCGCGCGCCACCAUCACGAUCGGCGAUCGGACCUUUGUCGUCGAAGCGGACCACCUGGAGAAGAUUUGUGACCUUGGUCGUGGCGCCUACGGCAUCGUCGAGAAAAUGCGGCAUCGCGAAACGGGCACCGUGAUGGCCGUGAAACGAAUCACGUCGACAAUUAACACUCAAGAACAGAAACGGCUUCUCAUGGACUUGGAUAUAUCGAUGCGAGCGAGUGAUUGUCCGAAUACGGUGCAGUUUUACGGUGCGUUAUUUCGCGAGGGCGACGUCUGGAUCUGCAUGGAGGUCAUGGACACCUCGAUGGACAAGUUUUAUCACAAAGUCUUCCAAAAUAACCGGAAGAUGCCGGAACCGAUUUUGGGCAAAAUUGCCGUGGCAGUCGUCAAUGCGCUGCAUUAUUUGCAUUCACAACUCAAAGUCAUCCAUCGCGAUGUCAAGCCUUCGAAUAUUCUGAUCAAUCGGAAGGGUGACGUGAAAAUGUGCGAUUUUGGCAUUUCCGGGUAUCUCGUUGACUCGAUAGCGAAAACUGUGGAUGCGGGAUGCAAGCCGUAUAUGGCGCCCGAACGUAUUGAUCCCACUGGCAAUCCGGGUCAAUAUGACAUUCGAUCAGAUGUUUGGUCUUUAGGUAUAAGUAUGAUAGAGAUGGCUACAGGAAAGUUUCCGUAUCCAGUUUGGGGAUCGCCAUUUGAACAAUUAAAACAGGUGGUCAAAGACGACCCGCCGCGCUUGAAAAAAUCCGAGGAAUUCUCCGAUCGCUUGGAAAACUUCAUCACUGCUUGCCUACAAAAACGUUACACCGACCGUCCAACUUACGAUCAAUUGUUGCAACACAUUUUCAUCGUGGAAAACACCGCAUUGAACACGGAUGUUGCGUCUUUCGUUGACGAGAUCCUCGGUUUGCCAGGAUAGGGCUUCCGCAGUUCUGUUGUAAGAAUUGCCUCUCUCACACACACAAACACACACGUUCAGAAACAUACACCAGUUAAAGUGCAGCAAAUUGUUCAAAAAAAAAAAAAAAGUUAAUUAAUAAAGAAGUGAAUAUUUUUGAAAGUUAAAUUUUAUUUUAAAGAUUUUUUUUUGAUAAUUCUACAGCAAAUUUAGCUCGCGUGACACGAUUUUAGGGCCAAGAUGGCUUUUCGCCCUCUUUGAGAGUUCGGCCGUAGAGCGCACUUUUGUCGCGGAAUCGUGUCAUGCGGAGCGUUUCCUGGUCAUCGAGGAAUUUUCCGAAGAGUCCUGCGAUAAGGGGAAAUCCGAUCCACAAAUAUUCGCGUGUGAUACCGAAAAUUGCCAUUUUUCUACUGCAAUUCCGCUUUACUGGCAACGA